CUCAGCUAUAUAAUUGGCUCUCAUUCGACACUCACACCUUAAUUAUCAACGACACUGAGCCUCACUCUCACUCUCACUCUCGUGAAAAGUGAACCAAGUCCCCACCCAUGGAAGCCUGGUUCAUAAUCCUAGUCACUCUUUGUGUCUGCGUGCUGAUAAGAGCCAUACUAUUCUCUCUUCACAAGAAAACCAUAACCAUCCCUCCAGGCCCUCCUCACAUCCCAAUCAUCUCAAGCAUUCUAUGGCUCCGAAAAUCCAUAUCCGAACUCGAAGCAGUUGUGAAAACACUCCACGCCAAAUAUGGCCCCAUCAUCACUCUCCGCAUUGGCACUGAGCCCACCAUAUUCAUUGCCGAUCACUCCCUCGCCCACCAAGCCCUAAUCCAACACGGUUCCCUCUUCGCCAACCGCCCUAAGGAUGGCGGCUUUAAAAUCCUCACCAACAACCGACACCAAAUCAACUCCUCCUCCUACGGCGCCACGUGGCGCACCCUCCGCCGCAACCUCGCCUCCCAAAUGCUUCACCCUUCCCGUGUCAAGUCCUUCUCCGGAAUCCGCAAGGAAGUCCUCCACACCCUCCUCACCCGCCUCAAAUCAGAUUCUGAAUCAAACAAGUCCAUAAAAGUCAUCGAUCACUUCCAAUACGCCAUGUCCUGCUUGCUCAUCCUCAUGUGCUUCGGUGAACCACUCGAUGAGGGGAAAGUCAGAGAAAUCGAGCUCGUGCUGCGGAAAUUGCUUCUGCACUUUCAGAGUUUCAACAUCCUCAAUUUCUGGCCCAGAGUCACGCGCGUUUUGUGUCGCAAUCUUUGGGAGCAGCUGCUUAGGAUGCAGAAGGAGCAAGAUGACGCAUUGUUUCCGCUUAUAAGAGCCAGGAAGCAAAAGCGAACCAACAACGUCGUUGUCUCCUAUGUUGACACGCUGUUGGAGUUGCAGCUGCCUGAGGAGAAACGCAAUCUGAGCGAAGGGGAAAUUUCGGCUCUGUGUGCCGAGUUUAUAAACGCGGGUUCGGAUACUACUUCGAUGUCACUGCAGUGGGUAAUGGCGAAUUUGGUGAAGUACCCGCACGUGCAAGAAAGGGUCGUAGAUGAGAUUAGAAACGUCUUGGGCGAGAGAGUGAGAGAAGAGAGGGAAGUGAAAGAAGAAGACUUGCAGAAACUGCCUUAUCUGAAAGCUGUGAUUUUGGAAGGGUUGAGGCGACACCCACCAGGGCACUUUACUUUGCCGCAUGUUGUGGCCGAGGACGUGGUUUUUAAUGAUUACUUGGUUCCUAAAAAUGGGACAGUGAAUUUCAUGGUGGGGAUGAUAGGGUUGGACCCUAAGGUAUGGGAGGAUCCAAUGGCGUUUAAGCCAGAGAGGUUUUUGAAUGAUGAAGGGUUUGAUAUAACUGGGAGUAAAGAGAUUAAGAUGAUGCCCUUUGGUGCUGGGAGAAGGAUUUGCCCUGGCUAUAAGUUGGCUUUGCUUAAUUUGGAGUACUUUGUGGCUAAUUUGGUUUUGAAUUUUGAAUGGAAGGUACCAGAGGGAGGGGAUGUGGAUUUGACUGAGAAACAAGAGUUCAUUACGGUCAUGAAAAAUGCAUUGCAGGUUCAUUUUAUUCCUCGGAUCUAGGCUCUGUACGCAACUCAUUAUAUACUAAAUAAUACUGCCUAUCAAUGAUAGGUUCAAAAUAAUUUUAUAAAAUUAAGAUGAUGUAAUGAUACUUUGAUGGUUAAUGCAAAAAGUAUGGUUUAUUGGA